UAUCGCCGUACCUCGGGUCUUCCUCGCGGAAAAUCGGCCGAUCGCGCGUUCGAAGGUGCUCCCGCGAGCAGUCGCGACCUGGGAACGCGAGCGGAACACGAUCGCGACAAACGCGCGAGGGGGAAAAUCAAAGUUCGAGGGUGGACCAUCGAGAUAUAUCGCUCGGUCGCACGCGUGCGCGCGUCCGUGCCGACGAUAUCACACGGCGGCGUGCCGCCUGGAAAUUUUAUCAAUACCGCGGCGGCCAUCUAGUCUCGCUGGCAGUCGCUCGCGAAAAGUUACGCGCCGAACUCCGUACGACCGACCGGGGGUGUCGCCGAGCGAGUCGAUCGACAAAUCGACGAGGAUUACCGGAACAGAGAGAACCCGAGGCGACCAAAUACGAGCAGCAUGGCUACGGAGGGCGGUUUAGCACCGGAUGCGGCUGCAGGUGCAGGCGCCGGUACCGACGGCAUCGUCGGUGGCCCCAGGACGCCCCAGCAAAUUGCCUCGCAGAAGCGGCUGCAGGCGACGCAAGCGCAAGUCGACGAGGUCGUCGACAUCAUGAAGACGAACGUCGAGAAGGUCCUCGAGCGCGAUCAAAAGCUCUCCGAGCUCGACGAUCGAGCAGAUGCACUCCAACAAGGAGCGUCACAGUUUGAACAACAAGCAGGAAAAUUGAAGAGAAAGUUUUGGCUACAGAAUCUAAAGAUGAUGAUCAUCAUAGGUGUUAUCGCACUCAUCGUACUGGCCAUCAUUGUCGCGAAAUUCAUGCCGGAAUCAUCGCCUACGAACACUCCCUAUCCGAACUAUAAUCCGAACUAUCCGAACGGGCCGCCGAUGGCCGGGGGACCCGGUGGAGCUACGAAUACUGCAGGGACGUUGGGCGGUGCGCCAGGGGGUGGUUCGCAGCAGCCCGCCCCGCCCGCGCUCGUCGGCAACCUGGACGCCGGUAUACGCAUCGUAUAAACGGUAUGGCAUGCUGGUGACACUUGGGGUAAAAGGAGAAAACGAGAAACGAGGGAGACCGACCCUGACAACGACAUCUUCAUCCGCGGAAAUAACUGGUCGACAUAUUCGCUUCGGCGACCAACUCGUUUGGAUCAUCAUCUGCACGUCGAAGGGCACGAUGGAAUAAUUCGGUAACUCCAUAAUCCGUAUAGGAUAAAAAAUAAACCUCAAAAGUCAUGGACUUAUAUCGUUCUUUGCGAGCGGAACUCUUCGGCUAUACCGCGCGUCGGAUUAUUUUUAUGUAGAAUUAUUUUUUCCCCUAUUGAUAUGACGUUGUGAUAACUAAUAGUACCAAUGUUCUACUAGCAAUUACCGUGUAUUGUGCAACUUUCUUCGAGCUACGUAGUAUUUAGACGCAAAUUGUCUUCACGUAUCUUUAUUCACCAAUUUUUAUUCAAUUGUUUUUGCAUCUUAUUAAUCUUGUAGUCGAACUUUAAGUUGUUUAAGUGGAAGCGACAUAUCGACCGGUCUUUUCGUCGUUCAAGAAGAAAAAAACAAUCUAUAUAGCUAUCUAUAGCUUUACGAGCCUUUAAAAUUCCGCUCAGCUAAUCGAUACGAAAAACAUAGGUACAACAAGCGAAGUGUCGUUCACGAGAAAAUACACGGAUAUGUGUAUCGAUGUAUGUACAUGUAUAUGUACAUACAUUAUUACGAAUUAUCAAUGUAAAAUUAAAAUCUAUGUACAUACAUAUAAAUACAAUUUAUUCAUAUGUUAAAUAAACAAACAAAAUACAGGAGAGAUGAUAAUGGAAGAAUCAUAAAAAUGACAAUUGGAAGGAUUGACGCAGGUAUAUUUCGAGUCCACUUCCGACCGAGAAAAAUGUAAAAAUGUCGAAUGUGCGCAUCACAUAAGAUGUUUCAUGUAAGUGAUAAUUUUUGGUGCUUGCUUGUACUUGUACAUUUAUAUAAGAUUGUCUCCGACAAUAGGCUUUCUGGGACACGGAUAUGAAACGGAUUUAUUUCACAUCUCCGCCAAAUCCCUUAAUUAUACUAGUCUCUUCCCGAUUAAUGCAAUUAUACGAUGCAAUUAUGCGAAUCGCUGUGAUUGCAAAAAUUGUUUAAUGUAAAACGCGAAAAAGGUUUAAUGCGAUGUUGUAGUCAACAACUCCUUAAACACAUUCUUUGCACGAUUUAAUUGUCAUUAGUUUUACUUUAUAUAAUAUAUCGUUUUCGGCUAAUAUAUUCUCUCGGCGCGUCUUUAAGAGAUUUCAAAACUAGUUGGUGUCAUUUAAAAAAAAAAAAAGUUAAUUUACUAUUCAUAUUCUUUAUGUUUUAUGAAAUGGAACAACAUGAUGCUACUUUCAACUGAUAUAAUAUAAUCAAAUCGUUUCAGAUUCGAUAAAUUGUCUAUACACCGAUAAUAACUAUAAACUAAACAAUAGAUUUGUAAGUAUAGCUAUUACAAGACGCGCUUUAGCACUUAGGCUAUUGAUAUUAUAUUAUUAUGUACGAAUACCGGACGUAUAUAUUAAAUUGCAAUACUCCUUCAGCUGUACAUCUCACCGAAAAAAGGAACAGAUCUAUAUAUUAUAAAUAUAAUAGAAAUACUACAUCAUAGAGAUAUAUUACUGUAUGCUAGGCUUAAAUAAAUAACAUUGUGAGAAGCAGUUCCAUGUGCUUUUCCCUGUUGUAACAACAAAA